AUGGUUAACGUACCGAAGGCCAGAAGGACGUUCUGCGACGGCAAGUGCCGUAAGCAUACGAAUCACAAAGUUACCCAGUACAAAAAAGGAAAGGAAUCGAAAUUCGCCCAAGGUCGACGACGUUACGAUCGCAAACAGGCUGGGUUCGGUGGGCAAACCAAGCCCAUCUUCAGGAAGAAGGCCAAGACCACAAAGAAGAUUGUGCUUCGUAUGGAAUGCACCGAGUGCAAGCAUAAGAAGCAAUUGCCCAUCAAGCGAUGCAAACACUUUGAGUUGGGAGGACAAAAGAAGGCUCGUGGUCAAGUUAUCCAAUUCUAA